AUGACACAAUUCCAGUUAUACCGUCUACUUUCCAUGUUUUCAGCGAAACCAGUUAAAUUUGAUUACCAAGACAGCCAGCACCUCUUCAAGAACUAUGUCACACCAUUAUACAACAUCAAAGACUUAUCAAACAAUUCAUUUGUUGAUCUUUUGUGCAUUGAUGAUGUUUUAUCAGCUGCAUCAUCCAGUUUGACACUUUCAUGCUCUGUUUGUCUUAAAUCAAGGCGUUCUAAAGAGUUCAAAUACUCUGUUUUCAUUCCACACCGCGAAAAAGACUCUCCAUUUGUUUCAUGGCUUCGUCGAUCAUGUUUUGAUCGCCAAAGUCCUAAAACUAAAUUUGAAAUGAAAUCCAGCUUCCCCGAGAUCCACCAGACAAUUGAGAACUGUGGCCAGAACUGCCCAGAUGACAAAAUCAUCGAAUUAUUCGAAAAGAUGUCUAAACAUGUUAAAAACACAAUUUCAACUAUCAAACAACGACCAAUUGGUAAUCAGCGGUCAAUUAUUCCAGUUGUUAUUUCUCUUCAUGAUGAGUUCAUCAAGAUCUUGAAAGUUUUCCGUCAGCGAUUGAUUCAAAUGGAGAAUAUCUCAUCUAACGACUUCGUUACAAUCAAAGAUGUCACAGAAUACAACGCACGAAUCGGAAACAACCAACGCGUUUUCAAAGUUCCUGAACCAGAUAUCGAAGUUGUCGACAAAAUCACAUUCACUAAAUGCAUUGAAGAGAUGACAGAAACAUGUCAUGAAAAUCUUACAUCAGUAUUGACUCUGUCACCAUUUGAUCUUUACAAGAACAUCCAAUAA